UAAGUACUGUACGUGUUCACUGUGUGGGAUUUUUUUUUAAAGUUAAUAAUCAACGAAUUGCCUCGAGAAACAUAGAUAUCUUUAAGAAUAUAAUUUUCCACUGUUGAAAUCGUAAAAAAAAAAACAACGGCUUUUUAUUACUUUACUCUGACGUCACCGGGGCACUUCGCACGCGUGACGUUUAUUCUGGCGUCCCGGUUAGCUAGCUUCAAGGCUAGUUAGCUACUUGUUGGAGCAGCUUAUACCGGAGUCGAUUAACGUUACCUAACUAGCAAUUAGCUAACGUUUUCUCCCCCUGGUGACUGUCCGCAGCGACCAUGGACGACGAAACCCACCCCAAAACCCUGUAUGUGGGAAACCUCUCCAGGGAUGUCACAGAAAUUUUGAUUCUGCAACUCUUCACCCAGAUAGGGCCUUGCAAAAGUUGUAAAAUGAUAACAGAGCACACAAGCAACGACCCCUAUUGCUUUGUGGAGUUCUUUGAACACAGAGAUGCUGCUGCAGCCCUUGCAGCCAUGAAUGGAAGGAAGAUAUUAGGAAAGGAGGUCAAAGUAAAUUGGGCCACUACUCCAAGCAGCCAGAAGAAAGACACAUCUAAUCACUUCCAUGUUUUUGUGGGUGAUUUGAGCCCUGAGAUUACCACUGAGGAUGUCAAGGCUGCAUUUGCACCUUUUGGGAAAAUCUCUGAUGCCCGUGUUGUGAAGGACAUGACGACAGGCAAAUCAAAGGGGUAUGGAUUUGUGUCCUUCUACAACAAACUGGAUGCAGAGAAUGCCAUCGUUAACAUGGGAGGACAAUGGCUUGGAGGACGUCAAAUCAGAACCAACUGGGCAACGCGAAAGCCACCAGCUCCGAAGAGUGCUCAGGACAAUGGCUCAAAGCAGCUGAGGUUCGACGAUGUAGUGACUCAGUCCAGUCCACAGAACUGUACCGUGUACUGUGGAGGGAUCCAGUCAGGGCUAUCCGAACAUUUGAUGCGACAGACCUUCUCACCGUUUGGUCAGAUAAUGGAAAUCAGAGUUUUCCCAGAGAAAGGAUACUCUUUCAUCAGGUUUUCCUCCCACGACAGUGCUGCUCAUGCCAUUGUGUCAGUAAAUGGCACAGCUAUUGAAGGACACAUGGUGAAGUGCUUCUGGGGCAAAGAAUCUCCUGACAUGGCCAAAAAUCCACAGCAGGUUGAUUAUGGUCAGUGGGGGCAGUGGAAUCAGCUCUAUGGAAAUCCACAACAGCAGUACGGGCAGCAGCAGCAGCAGCAGCAGCAGUAUGUGACCAAUGGAUGGCAAGUUCCCUCCUACAGCAUGUAUGGCCAGACGUGGAACCAGCAAGGAUUUGGAGUAGAGCAGUCCCAGUCACCAGCCUGGGUGGGAAGCUUUGGAUCUCCGUCAGCUCAAGCUGCAGCCCCGCCUGGUUCAGUCAUGUCUAACCUGGCUAACUUCAGCAUGGCGGGCUACCAAACACAGUGAGCUGGCCCUAACUUAGUCAAUUACCAAGAGGAGUUUGUCAACACUUUUAGACCACACAGCGCUCUUUCAUCUGGACAGCUGCUGUGGUAAAAGAAGGACAGGGGCCAUAUUCACAAAGCCUUUGUAGCUAAUAGUUGCUCCUAAACAGUAAUUUUUUAAAUGACAGUGUUCAUUUCACUCAGAUUUUUUUAAAAGUUCAUUUAAUGAUAAUUCAUAGUUCUGUUAUAGAAAAGUGCUCUUGGGCUUCUGAAGUAAAGCCAAACCAACUGUCUUUGUCAAAGUAGAUGUUACCAGCUUUUUGAAUGUUUGACCCUCUGGAAACCUUACGCAGAGAAUUCGCAGCGUUAGCAUUGGUCACUGACAGCUAUCUAACGAAUACAGAGAUCAUUUAAUGCCAUUCCUCUUAUCAUCACACAUUGAGUAAGUUGACCAAUGGGCCAAAACCUGUGUAGUUCCCCUCUCAAAUUCAGAGAUGGAGCAAAAACAUUAAGUGUGAAAAUGAACAUACAUAGAACCAAAACGACUGAGUGUUUCAGUGGAGCUAAAAGCACACGUAGUACAAGCCAUCAUGUACCUCCAGCAUCUCACUGGAAUAUGACAACCAUUCAAGUCCUUGGGAACCUCUAACUUUAUAACAUUAAUAUUGAAUUAUCAAACUAUAGCAAUAUCUGCUCUCAGUUUGCCAAUAUGUUUAUAAUGUUUCAACAUUUUCAAUGGAAAAAUUGUUUGUUACAAAAUUGUCAAAAUGUUUAUUUACUUGUCAUACUUGGGGCAUUUUUGAUGACAAAACUCAAGUCUUCAAGUAUUGAUUAAGUUUUGUAAUAUACGUCUGUUUUUUAAAUGGCACACAAAGAAGACAGAUGUACAGAUCAAGAGGGUAUGGUGGGUCACAAUGAAUUUGUUUUACAAACUGCACUGAGCCACAAAAACCUAUUAAACGUUGGUCUGCGCUUGGCUUCAGCCAAUAGCUAUAAAUUCAGUCUCAUUUUGAUAUAUUAAUGAAAAAUGCUUUGUGAAUAGAGGCCCUGUGACGGUAGUUUACCUUUCCAGCAUAUGUGAAACUCAUGUUAUUUGUAUAAGCAACUGUGGCUUUAAUAGACAUUUAAGCAGGUGGUGGUAUCUCUUGGGUAAAUUUAUGUACAAAGAAAAUUUUACCUUCACAGCUCUAAAAAGCAAAAAAUAUUAGAUUUUUUAAAUAUUGGAGUGAUCAGCAUGUUCUUUGCAGACUUUUGAUGGAUUUUAGUUUAGUUGACCUUGAUGUAGCCUAGAUUGGACUAAUUUAUAAUCCUGUGUUUCAUGGCAAAGGAAAUGCUACAGGACAUGCUCACUGUAUAAAUAAAAUGUUGUAAAAAAGAUCUUAAUAACCCCCAAACUUUAUAAACAUAGUUGACUCUGUAUGCUGAUUCUGGGCUGGUUUCCUAGAGGAAUAUUAAAUCUUAAAUAUUUCCUUCCUUUUGCCUUCCUCUUGUUAACCUCAAUUAAUUUAUAGUCAUUUCUUUCAUAUGACUGUAAGAGUUUUGCAAAGAUCCAGACUUAAUUUAGCAAGAAAACUGGCCCCUAAUUAUAUUGCAUCACUUUUCAGUCACCCACCUUUGUAAAGACAAAUUGUCAUGUUAGGCUUCCUAUAAAAUGCAAUUAAUUUAUCUUAUAUUUCGUCUAUUCCACUUAAAGUGGAAGGUUUUCUAAAUAUGUCAUUAAUUUGUCAGGGCAGCAGGCACUGCUUUUGCCCCUCAGCACAUUCUGAGUUUAUUUACCAUAUAUCACAGGCAAAUAAUUUAAAAAUCACAGACAAAUUGUGACAAAGAAUUCAUAAAGACGUCCUGCCAUUUGGAUUUAAUUUUCAUAUGUGCCAUUUUGUACAGUGUAACUUGUUAACUUCACUUUCCUUCACUUUCCUGUUCUUGGUGUACUAGCUAACAAACCUGAUAAUGUAAUUUUUUGGUUUGUUUAGAGCUAGGGGGACUUAAUGUAACAAAACAGGGUCGUGUUGGCUGAGUGUGUAAAUAUAAACAUUGAUCACAAACCUUCAUGAAAGAAAUAAUGUACAUACUGUAGGUAGAAUGUUAUGAAAUUAAAUACCAUCAUUAAAUUUCAGCAAUAUGAUUUAUGAAUAAGCCUUAAUUGAUGUGUCAGUAAAUUCAAACUUUAUUUACAGAGGCUCCAUCACAAAUCUAAAUUCUCUUCCAUUGUGGAUUUUCCCAUUAAUAAGUCUGUGUGCCAUUUUCAGGAAGUAGCAGGAAGCAGGUGAUGUUUCAGCUUGAACUGCACGCUUUUGACAUGUAAUAUAUUUGUUGCUUAAAAUAUUGAAUGUAAUGGCAAUUUGCUUUUAUGACAAUAAUGCAUAUAAGUUGAACAACAGAAGUGAUGUUUAAUAAAGGAUGAAAUCCAUUUUCCAUUUAAACGGAAAACUCAGUCACUUCAAAUAAAGAAACAUUUGAACCUG